UUCAUUUUGCGUUGGCGUUGGCGUUUUCAUUCAUAUUCAUUAAUCCAUUUUCAUUUUCUCACAAGUCACAACUAACGUAAAGUUGUUAUUACUUUUUAGAUAAACAAACAAUUAUCAAACUUUGUCGUUAACAAGAUAAAAUUCCUGAGAUAAACCAGUAAACGUAUUGUUUACUUCGUCUAGAAAAAAUCUCCAUUUCAAUCCAUUUUGGUAGGCACUUUACACAGAAGCUACCCGCGCAGUAUGUCUAACUCAGCACUAACAUCAGAGGCACAGCUGCGCUACAUGCUGCAGUGGUUUGGGGAGUUCAGUGAACUGCAAAGAGAGGACUUCCUGCCCAUCCUAGCUGCAGCGCAGUCUGGCAAACCUGACCAGCUGGCUGCUACCCUUGCCUCUAUGUCUUGUGAUGACAAGCCUGUCAGUCUGUUUCAAUGCAGGAUCAAACUAUUUAACGAAUGGUUCCCAACAUGGGCAGAAGAAGACAGAGAUAGACUAAUAACAGCCGUAACUGAAAUGGACCCUGACUUCGGCACCAAGUUACAAGACGCGCUCUCUAACCCCACAGUAGUCAACGGCGACGCAAGUUACAAGCUAGAAAAUGUGUCUAAUGAAGAGGAAGAGAAGAGUGAAGAGUUACAAGACACCAGAGCAGUGUCACAGGAGAAUGUAAAUGUGGAAAUUGCUGCUGCUUCCUAAAACGCACACAGUACAAUCUAUGCAUCAAAUGUAAGUUUUAUAUUACAGAAGUCUCAAUCCCACUUCUGAUGUUGAUCGAACUACAUUAUUAUUAGCAAGUUUUGAAUCGGAUCCUUUGAAAUUAUCCAAAAUGUACAAAUUUUUAAUCUCUGCCUCAAAAAGUAAAAAAAAACACUCACAAUUCCACUGAUGUCGAUCAAACAACAGUGAAAUGAGUCUUCUAAAAAAUGCACAAAACUUUCAAUCUGUGAAAUGUUUUUGAAUAAUAAAGCAAGUUCCAUUUUUUAUCCAACUUCUGAUAUUGGUAGGGAAGUUUCCAAAAUCGGCUGCUCGUGUCAUAAAUAAACGCUAACUAUAGUGAGCAAGUUUUGCGUAAGAUACUAGGUUAUAUUCGAGGCACUAAGGGCUGGUAUACAUUCGGCGUUUAAGCGAUUCUGCUAUUCGAGCAAUAUACACUAAUACCAACUGUAUUUAAUAAAAUACUUAUUUGGUAACAUAACAUUAUUAGAAUACGGCUUGUAAUUAGAACGCUAGCAAAAACGAAAAUUGAUGAUUACCGAUGUGAUAUCACAAAAAAAUCGCGGAAAAAAAUCUUGUGUUUUUUAUAAGUUUGCAAUAUAUUGGCAAUAAAACAUUUGGCUGACGCUAGAGGUCAACGAACGUUGUAUAGAUAGGUGCGCAGGGUAAUCCCGCGUCGUAAAUAGGGCACUGACUUCGAGUUUUGCACAUUGCGGGUUCGAAAAAUACCAAAUCACUAACACUACAACGAUAAAACAAAUGGUUGUUUGUAUUGGAUUGUGUUUAGGUACUAAGUUAGGAUCUAAGUUUUUGCUAAAUUAAACCCUGUAUAGGUAGUUUUGUGUUUGUGUGUUUUCAAUACUAAAAGCUUUUUUCUAUGUUAUCGUUUCCAAGAAAACAUUCUUUAGGAAACACUGCAACUACCUAAAACAGUAGAAAUAAUGUCCUUUGCAAAAAAAACGCCCAAUUUGCACUGGCCCUAAUAUUUAAAAGUAUUAUUACUAUUUAUUUUACAUUUUAUAGUAAAAUAUUUUUCAUACAUUUCUUGAGGCUUAUUUGCCUAUUUUUUAAAUAAUCAUAGAUGUGUUUAUAUUGGUACAUAGUGUACCUGAUUUAGAUCUUAUUAACUAUUAUUAUUAAAAUAAGUCAUACCGUCUCACUGACACGGCUCCUGAGGUAAGGCGUGGAUUGCGGGAGGGUGACAGUUGACGUAAAACUCAAGGAAUUCAAUAUCUCUGUCUCACUGCCACAACCUGCACCCUGUCCUACGAACCGUCUAGGUCAAACGGUAUGUCUGUAGUAUAAGGCAGAUUUUUUAAAAGUAUAUAGUAUUUUCUUUUAUAAAAAUUUCAAACAGUACAAGUAAUGGUUUUUAAUUUUUAUAAAUGAAGCUCACGUUUUAAGAGGGGUUGCUCCGUCACUCGCUCCAUAUAAACGUAGUUUAGCUUUCAUUUGUAUACUGACCUAUUAAACUCAAUGUGGAUAUUGUUAUGUUCGAGGAACCUACAUCUGAGGUUUCCAAAUUUCCAUUAAAAUAUUCAGUUUCAAAGUUACUUUAAACUAGUUGUUUGGUUUGGUUAAACUAGUUGAUUGGUUUAUAUUCAAAUUAGAACCAAAAUUGUAUGGAACGAGUGAAGAUUUCCCUGUUAAGGUUUAUUCUUUGUAUAACAUUCCAUAUUUUACACAAAGUAGGACUUGAAUCUCGAUUUAUAUACUAAAUAAAAUAUACAAGGUCUACGUGUAUAAACUUCCCUUAUAUCUAUACAUUCUAAGUUACAAUGUUACAUAAAGUAUGUAACAUUUAAAAUAAACUAAGUAGAUCACAAAUUAUUAUACCAUACCAAGAAUGUACUAACAAAUUUUAAAACUACUACCAAAAUAAUUUUACGCCAAUUUUAAUGUGUUUUCUAAAGUUUUAAUGUCUCAAAAUUGGUAGAUAAUUCAAUAUUAAUAUGAUGAAGUCAUUGAAUUACCUAAAUUAUCAUUUUUUCUGCCUACAAUCUUUAUAGUCGAUGAGUGGUGGUUUAAAUAUACUUCAGGUGUAUAUAAAAGUUUAUCAAAAUUUUUAUAUCAUGUAAAAUAAAAUUGUUCCAAAGAUGGAUGAAUAAAUGAAGUACAAAAAUAAUUUGUGCCAACGUACUAUUAUAUUUUUACUGAAUAAUCAAUUCCUAAAAAUACUGUAUAAAAAUUUGUAAUCCAUAGCUCAAUUGCUAGAACAUUCCAGCUUCUAUAUCCAAAGAGCUUUUGUAUUUUUAUUUUUUAAUAUUUUCUAUUUUUAGAGCCUUCCAGGAUCUGUAGAUAGACCUAUAAACAUAUUAAUAAAAAAACUUUUUUGAAAAAUGAUUUCUUUGACAGUUUGUCACUAGAAAAUUAUAGUGUUAUAUAAAUUAUAAAAUAUUUACAUGUAUUGAGCCAUCAAAAGUAUUUGAUGUCGUCUCUUAUACUAUAACUUUAUUACAUAACGGAUAAGGGUAAGAUCUCACUAGCGAUUUUUGUCGACGCGCGUCGCGACUUCAAUGUAAUUGUCAUUUUCAAACUAGGUAGCACUUCAAGAAUUCCUUUCUUAGUGAGGGUCUACGUUAUAGAGUUGUUGUAGAGGGUCUACGUUUUGUUAAAGUUUCCCAAGUUUCUAGACCUACAUACUGGUUUGAGCUGUGAUGUUGAUGCGUGAGAUGUCAGUCAGUCAGUAGUGCGAUAUGUCGCUAGUGUAAUCUUAUACUUUGGGAUGGUUCGAGUGAUAGAAAGGUGCUGGAGUUACGGUGCAUCCAGACUAUAUAACAGAUUGUGUUUUAAGUUAUAAUACUGUCUAUGUAUUAUAACAUUUUUCACUAUGUAUUGAACAUGUUUGUAUAACUUGUUAAGAAGUGUGAACUGUGAAUACAUAUUGUUCUAUAACAAUGUUACAUUAUCUGGAUGCACCUUAGGGUGAUCUAGAUUUAUAGAGCUAACUUUAACUUUGCUCAGACAGCGUUAUAUUGCUGACCUGAAACUUAGAGAGCAAAUUCAAAGUAGCUUUAUAGAUCUCGUCCUUAAUUAUUGUGAGUGAUGGAAGGAAUUUUUGGUAAUUUUGUCAAAUCAUAGAAAGUAAUAUAUUACUUCUUAGUA